AUGACCAACGUCUUCUCGGUGGAAAUCUUUUUCAUCACAUUCAGAGAGUCUCUUGAGGCAUCUGUGAUUAUCUCAGUGUUGUUGGCAUUCAUCAAGCAGGGUCUUGGUGGUCCCAACAAUGACCCGAAACUGUAUCGGAAACUGAUUUGGCAGGUAUGGAUAGGUGCGUUCUUGGGUCUGUUCAUCUGUUUGGCCAUCGGUGGUGGUUUUAUCGGUGCUUUCUACUCUCUUGGUAAGGAUAUCUGGUCGUCUUCUGAAGAUUUGUGGGAAGGUAUCUUCUCUCUGAUUGCUACUAUUAUGAUCACAUUCAUGGGUUUGGCUAUGUUGAGAGUCAACAAGAUGAAGGAGAAGUGGAGACUCAAGAUUGCUCAAGCUAUUUUGAGUAGUGAAGAGGGCUCCAAGUUCAAGAUCAAGAGAUGGUUCCAAAAGUAUGCUUUGGCUCUUCUUCCUUUUGUCACCACUUUGCGUGAAGGUGUUGAAGCCAUUGUUUUCAUUGGUGGUGUUUCUCUUGGUACUCCUGCUACUGCUUUCCCCCUGGCUGUUAUCUGUGGUCUUAUCUGUGGAUGUGGCAUUGGUUACAUUAUCUACCGUGGUGGUAACAUCAUGUCUAUUCAAUAUUUCUUGAUUGCCUCUACCUGUUUCUUGUAUUUGAUUGCUGCUGGUCUGUUCUCCAAGGCCGUUUGGUACCUGCAAUUCCACCACUUCUCAUCGAUUGUCGGAGGAGACGUUGCCGAGGCCGGUGACGGUCCUGGUUCAUACAACAUCAAACAGUCUGUUUGGCACGUCAACUGCUGUAACCCCGAGACUUCUGGUGGUUGGGAAAUCUUCAACGCCCUUUUCGGUUGGCAAAAUUCAGCCACUUAUGGCUCGGUCAUCUCAUACAACGUGUACUGGAUCUUCAUCAUCGUGGUGGUGCUGGCCCUUCUGUACCAAGAGAAGCGAGGCUCGCUGCCCAUCAUCUCGCGCUUCAGCAAGAAGAAGGUCGACCACACCGAGAGAGACGACAUCAUCCAAAGAGCCGAGCAACUUGCCAGCAAGAAGUACACAGAAAAGGCCCCCGUCUCUGCCACCCCCACCGACUCGGUCUAA